GGAUAAGUUGGAAGUCUCACCAGUAGUGGUCUCUACCAGCUUGGUGCCAAACAUUAUGGAGAAACUGCCUGUUCUAGAUAUUUCCACCAAAUCCAAAACACCACCCACUGAGGAAGCAUGUAUCUUUGAAAAGCUAUCAGUUUUAAGAGAAGAACCUGCUGUUCAGGAGACAACCCUCAUCAAGAAGGCAUUAAAGCAGUGCACAAAUCAUGGGGAAUUGUCCCUAUUGGAGAAGUCACUACCCUUGCAGGAGGAGACUGACAAUGAAAAUGAGUUUGGUAUAGAGCCAGUGACUUUUGGGAAGAAGCCUAAAACUGAGGAGUCAUCUCUCACUAAGAAGAUACUAUCUUUAAAGAAGAAGUGUACCCCUCAGGGAAAGAGUUCCUACAUGGUGAAGCCACUAGUAUUACAGAAGAUUACCUCUGAAGAGAAGUCACUUACUAAGGUGCCUUUAUCCUUUAAGACAAAGCCUACUGAGGAGUAUCCUUUUUGGAAGCCACCUGCAUUGCAAGAAAAGUACACCACUGAGCAAGAGGUGUCCGUUUUGAAGAAAUCAUUGGCCCUGCAGGAGAAGAUCAACUUUGAAGAGGAUUCUCUCUUUAAGCAAUCAUUAGCUUUUAAGAAGAAGCCUACCACCAAGGAAGCAACCCUCAUCACAAAGCAAUUAUUUUUAAAGGAGAAAUGUACUACUGAGGGGAAAAAGGGCAUUACUGAGGUAAAGAGGUACUGCUUGAAGAAGUCACUAGUAUUGCAGGAGGUCACCUCUGAAGAGAAGUCCCUCAUUACAGAGCCAUCGUUCUUUGAAAAGAAUCCUACCAUUCAGGGGGAGUCUUGGUUCAAAGAGCCAUCUUCAUUGAAAGAGAAGAAUAACAUCCAAAGGGAGGAGGUGGGCAUCUUGAAGAGGAAAUGGGCAUCAUGGGAGAAUAUGAACAGUGAAGAUAACUUAUGCAUGGAGCUAGUUACCUGUAAGAAGCAGCAUAUUACCAUGGAGAAGCCAUCACUUUUAAUAAAGAAGUGUAACACUUUGGGGAAGAGCUCCCACUUUAGGCCACUAUUAUUGCACACAGUCACCUCUGGAGACAAGUCACUCACUAAGGAGCCACUGUCCUUCAAGAAAUCUACCACUGAGAAGGAUUUGCUUUUCCAGGGCUCAUCUGCAUUUCAAGAGAAGUGUACUACUCCAGAGCAAGUGUUCACCUUUAAGAACUUAGUCCUGCAAAAGUCUCCCACUGAGGAGAAGUCACAUUUUCAGGAUGCUUUGGCUUUUAAGAAGCAGUGUAUCAUUGAGGAGGCAAGCCCCACCGAGAAGCUUUUGCCUUUAAAAAAGCUGAAGUGUACCACUCAAGGGACAGUGUCCUACUUAAAGCCACCAGUAUUGCAGAUAGUUGCCUUUGGAGAGAAGUCACCUUCUAAGGAGUCAUUGUCCUUUAAAGAAGAAAAUGUGUUAUUGAAGAAGAAAAAGUAUACUACUCAGGCAGUGCCCUUCUGGCAAGAGCUGUCAGACUGUCAGGAAAUAAGUGGUGAAGUUAAGGAUUCAUUUGUUAUGGAGCCAGUGCCAUUUAGAAAGAAGCCUACAACUGAAGAGGAGUUCCUCUUCCAGGAGCCAUCUUCAUUGAAAGAGAAGCACAGUACUCUGCAGGGGAUGUCCCUCUCAGAGAAGUCAUUGGCCUUGCAGGAGAAGACCAUCACCAAAGUAGAAACAUACAGUAAAGAACCAGGGACUUUGAAGGAGAAGCCUACCAUUGAGGAAGAAUUCUUCUUUAAGGAACAAUUUUCUUUGAGCGAGAAGCUUGCCAGUGAUGAUGUGUCCCAUUUCCUGAAGGACUUAGGCUUGCAAAAGGAGGCUGAAAACAACAAUGACACCUCAAAAAAGCUAUUGACCUUGCAGGAGAAGAGCACCACCAAAGAGGAGUUCCUUUUCAAAAAGUUCUUAGUUUGCAAGAAAGAGCCCUCCACUGAGGCAGCAACAAACCCAGAGAAACAAUUAUCUUUAAAGAAGUCCACUUUUCAAUGUCUAGAUUUCCUUUCAAAGAAGCAGUUGGCUUUGUGUGAGGAAACCACCAAUGAUGAGUCCCUUAUUAAGCAGCCAUUGGCCUUGCAGGUGUAUCCCAGCAUUAAGAACACGGUUACCCUGAAGAACCCUGAAGGUUCUGCAAAGCCUUUGGCCUUGCAGAAGUCCAGCACUAGGAAGAAGCCAUUGAUCUUGCAGAGGAAUUCCACUGUUAAAAAGGAAUCUGUCCUCAAGGAACAUACCAUUAACAAAGAGGCUCACUUCAUGAAACUUUUGACCUUGCCAGAGAAGUCCAACACUGAGAAAGAGGGUACCCUGAAGGAGCCCUUGACCUUGCAGAAGAAGCCCAGAAUUGAGAAAGAGGCCAUUUUCCAAAAGCCAUUAGCCUUUCAGAAGAAGACCAACACUGAUAAGGCAGCCCUCUCAGAUGAACUAUUAGUCUUGACUGAUGAAGUCACUGGUGGGAAGCAGUUAUCCUUUAAAUAUCCAUUGCUUUUGGAACAGAAUCCUGCCCAUAAGGAGGAUACUUUCUUGAUCCCUCAAGUUGAGAGCAGCUCACAUGUGUUCAGCAAUGCUCUUGAAUCAGGAACCAGCACAUCCAACAUUGUCAACAUAUCCGUUUCAGCCAACCUCAGUACCAUCAGAAAGUUUAGGGCAUUUGAAUCUGGUUCCAGAAAUCAUUUCUCAUCUCAGAAGAGGAGAGCACGGAAUCAGAAAACCAUACUGGACGAUAUUGACAAGGACUACAGUGAUCAACUUUUCAACUCAAUAUAUUCUGAGGAUAUCUUCAGUUAUAUGAAGGAGAGAGAGGAGAAGUUCAUACUUAAAAAUUACAUGAACAGGCAGAUUGACAUCACCAGUGAAAUGAGGGCCAUUCUUGUGGACUGGUUGGUGGAGGUACAGGAUAGCUUUGCUGCUAACCAGUGUCACCUCCUGAGCCCACAGCCCAUCAAGACCAGCAUAGCACUGGGGUUGGACCAAGAUCCCCAUUGCUAUGGACUGCCUAUUAGUGAGGUGAACUCAUGGCCCAAGGCUGCUGCAUCACAGGUGAUGCUAGCUGGAAUGAAAGUCUCAUAG